AUGGAUUUUCAGGACGCCACAAAAAUAGUUCAAACAACUCAAGAAGAAAGAAAUGCAGAAAACAACCAAGUCAUUGAAAAAGGAAGUCAUCAUCCAAUUAUAGCAUCAUUACAUAUUGGUCUUAAACUUAUUGCAAUUCUUGUUUAUGUAUUAUUCUUUAUAUUUAUGGACGGAUAUUUUGUUAUAUCGUUUUCUAUUUGUUUAUUAUUCACUGCAGUUGAUUUUUGGAUUACUAAGAAUAUUAGUGGAAGAUUAUUAGUUGGACUAAGGUGGUGGAAUAAAGUUAAUGAGGAUGGUUCUUCUCAAUGGAUAUUUGAAGCUAUGGAAGACCAUCAAAAAGUAAGAUUAAGUUAUAUUGAAAUGAUGAUUUUUUGGGUAACAAUGAUAGCUGCACCCUUAUUAUGGGUUGGUGUAUGUUUCUUAUGUUUCUUAGGUAUUAGAAUCAAUUAUCUUGGACUUGCUAUUAUUUGUUUUGUCAUGCAGUCAAUGAAUUUUGUUGGUUUUGCUUUAUGUGCUAGAGGAUCUCGAUCUAUUCUUAAGAAGAAGGUUAAGAAGGUUGCUGUUGAACAAGGAACCAAAGUAGCUGUUUCUGCUGCUGCAUCUCAAUUUUAA